CAUGAGUGGCCCUGGUUCCCCGCCAAUCAACUUUCCCCAACGAUAAUAGUUUUAAUUAACUCUAAUGAGGGCGGUCCUCUACACUAUCGGGCGGUGGAAGUUGUUCAUCAUGGUUCUGUCAACUGUAACAUCUGAAUCCGACGGGAUCGGGAGCGGCCUCUGAUGGAACCGCAUAGUCCCGUCGCCCUGGUUUUUUUUAGAAUCUUUUCAGGAACUCCAGUAAAAAUGGAAGUAGUGUUUUGAGCAGGAGGGCCGGGAAAGCGACGGCAGGGACCAUUGCCACGGCAAUAAACAGAGAACUCAAGUUGUCUUUCAGAUCAAAGAAGGAAAACAUUGUAUGAUUUGUACUCUCUAUUGCUGAUCCCUUUUUGUAAAGUUUGAGGUGGCUGAAAACACUAUUGAUUUUGACUGGGAUGCCACCCAGCAGCAAGUCGAUUCUCUCUGGUGAAGGAUUGGCAUACAGGAAUUAAAGGCUUCUGUGAGUGAGUGUCUUGCAGAGCCAGAAUGCAGCAUUUGAAGCACCUACCCAGUGGAGUAAAAUGGACUUUAAUAAAACACCGGAUGGGAAGCACUGUUAUGAAUACUUUUACGAGUGCAUGCAGGACAACCUCUGGCGGGUUCCAGCAUGGCCCAGUCCCAAACUUGAAGCAGAUUGUCAUCGCGAUUGCCAGGAACAUAAAUCUAUCCAACUCUGGAAGGCCAGGAUCUGUACAGCAUCGCCAGUGUGUGCUCCACCAGUGCAAGGCACUGAGCACUAGCUCUGCUCGAGCAGAUCCCAUCGAAGAGCACAGAAAGAGACUAAAAGCUUGGUUCGGUUAUAUGCCCAGUGAGGAAAAGCAGUUUGGCUUAUUUUCAGUGGAAAACUGGCAUGUAGAGCCAGUGAUUGCUGAAAGCUCUCCUGAAGAGAACAGGGAGCUCACAGCAAGAUUCGGCAUCUACAGUCACAUUGACCCUAAAGAAUCCAAGAUCAUAAAGUUCAAUAAAGUGUUCACAACUGGGUCUGUUGCAUCUCCUGUGAAGAAUGUGGUUUUGUUUGGGAUAGUGGGAAUGGGAAAGGAGACAGUGGUUAAGAGGCUUGUCUUGGACUGGUGUGACGGUCAGUUCAAUCAGUUUGAUCUAAUCCUCCCAUUCUCCUGUGAAGAUUUGUCCUCACAAAAUCAGUCCAUUUCUCUGAAUAAAUUAAUCUCUCAGAAGUAUACUCAGCUGAAAUCGAUUGUCCCUCAAAUUGGGUCAGGAAAACUAGGGAACAUCCUUUUCAUUUUCAAUGGUCUGGAGCAGCUUAAACUUGACUUCCGCCUCUUAAAGAACAGACUGUGCAAUGAUCCAAAUGAGCCCCUGCCACCUAACAACUUGCUGGUCAACCUGCUUCGAAAAUACAUGCUCCCAGAAGCCAGCAUCCUGGUCACAAUGCGGCCGUCAGCCUUGCAUUCAAUCCCAACCAAGUAUGUUGACAAGUACACCCGUAGCUGUGGCUUCAGUGAUGUUGAGCAGCAGUACCUGUACUUCAGAAACCGGCUAGAAGUGUCUGAGGACAAUAAAACCAAUGAAGAUUUGAUGAGGAUGCUCUAUAGGAAUCUGCAAAGACAAAGCCAGCUCACGGCAGGCUGUUUUUUACCAUCCUAUUGCUGGCUUAUCUGUGCUAUGCUUCACUUCCUCCACUUUGCCACUGCAGACAUGCCUGUUCAGACUCUGACUGGCCUUUAUACCAACUUUCUGAGAUUAAAUUUUGGUGGUGAGAUUCUAGAUUCCAGCAAUCAGCAAAGCAUCUCAAUUGUGCGAUACAUCGCCAAAACUGUUGGCAAGCUUGCCUACGAGGGGAUUGAAAAGAAGAAGGUGCUUUUCAGUGAAGAGGACCUGCAGAGAUCCUUUGGAUUGGAUGCCAUGACGGAGGAAGAGUUGAAUCAGGUCACUGCAUUUCAGAUUGAUAUGCUGGGUUUUUUCAUGUCUCCCAUUGCUCAGCAUAGCUGUGAACCCCUCCUCAGGUUCACCAUACCUGCAAUGCAAGAGUAUUUGGCUGCCCUGUAUGUUGUCUUGGGUGAGAAGAAGACUAUCUUGGAACAAGUUGGAGGUACAGUAUCUGAAACCAUUGGAAAAGCCAGUGAAGAUGUGACUGCCGUUUUGUCCAUUGUAUCAAAGCUGCUGCCAUUCAGAAUUCUGACGUUUGUGCGGCUCAUAAAUAUUUUCCCACGGAUCUUCAGAAAAAUCAGCUGGAAGAGCAAGAAGGCUAUCGCUAACACCAUGAUCUUUGAAAUGUUCAGGGAAGAGGAUGAGUUCAACAAUGAUGUUUUGGAGCAAAUAAAUGCGAGCAUUCUUGGAGAGAGGGAAGGUGGUGGUGAAAGAAUGGAUGCUCAGUGCUUUGAGCUCUUUCCAGUAUUCAUGGCUGGGUUACUGGCCCAGGAGAAUCGCUGUCUCCUAAAUCAACUUGGCUGUACAAUAAAGAAUGUAACUGUGCGUGAAAUAGCAAACAGCUUGAAGAAGCAUCUCAGCAGCACUGUCAAUAAGCAGUUGGCUCCUUCAGAGCUCAUGGACCUCCUUCUGUUCCUGCACGAGUUGCAGAAUGAUGCUUUUGCUGGGGAGAUCAGCGGAACCUUAAAUAGCUUGGAUUUGUCUCAAGUUAAGAUGACUUUAUUGAAGUGCAUUGUGAUUGCAUCAGUUAUGAAUACAUCGAACCAUCCAAUUGAGAUGAUGAACUUCAGUUUGUGCAACUUAAUGGGAGACCACAUAAAAAUCCUCCACCCUGUUCUUCAAAGAUGCAAGAAUUUAAACUUGCAGUUUAACAAUUUAGGACUUGGUGCUUGGAGAGAGAUUAGCAAUCUAUUACAGGAUCCAAAUUGUGCAAUUGAAAAUCUGCGGCUCUGUGGCAACACAUUGUCAGAAGCUGCAAUUAACUGUAUUGGACCUUCCAUCAUUCAGAAUAGUUCUGUUUCCCAUUUGUCUCUGCUUCAUACGUCACUUGGAGAUGAUGGUCUAAGAAUCCUUACACCGUACAUCAGGGAUAACACAAAUCUAAAGGAGAUUAACCUCGCCAAUAAUCUCAUUACUGAUGAUGGUGUGAUGGCCCUUGUGGAGAUGGUCAAAGAACAUCCAACGCUGGAAAAAGUCCACCUUUACUUAAAUGAGAUCAGCAACAGUGGAAAGCAGAAGCUGCAGGCGCUCAAACAGGACCCAGAAGGAGUGAACGUUCUGGUUUCUAUCACGGAGGGAUCGAAUGAUUCCGUGCACUGGACGCUGAUCCUGAAGAACAUUGUGCGGAAUGCAGUGAACCAGGAUAAGCAGAAUGCUGAGGACUACCUGCAGCUCCUGCAGAAUGACCUGAAGUUCAGCUGGCAGCAGACUAGGAACCCGUGGAAAAAGAUGAAACUUCUGCAGGUUCAAAACCAGUUUGAGUACUUGCAGAAACAAAUCCAACAGCAAAAGAAAUAGUUGAAGUCUGACCAGCACUUUCAGCUGUGGAAUUUUAAAGAGAGAAUUGCAUUAUGGUGACAAUCUAUCUGCAAUCCGUAAUUCUGGCUUUUUUUUUACCAGGGUAUAUUGAUAGAGGAAAGUGUUCACCUGAGGCUGUUGCAGAUCUGAACUCUGGUGAAAUGGUGCUGUCAUGUUCCUCUUUAUGUGGAGUACACAGGAGGGCUUAGGGGAAGUAGGGGUGAAAGUGGAAUCAGAGGCAUGGGUGUCGCUUGUUAGUGGACAUCUCUCAAUGCCCUAACCCCAUGUAUGAAAAGCUGGAUUUGAUAAUGGAGCCACCUCAAGAUCAAAAGAUGGUUAGAUUUUCCACGGGACAUCUGGAUGAAGAAUUUUGUUUUAUCGAAAUUAAGGAAGUGAACACAAGGUAGUUUAUACAACUCGUUGAAAUGCUUAAAAAAAAUCACCCAUACCUCCUGGUCACCCUCCUUUAUGAAGUUCCCACUCUCUAAGAUUAUUCUGGAAUCUAUGGGAAUUAGAUUAAGUUCUUGGGACAUUGCUGAUGAAAUCCUGGGAGAAAUAUCAUUGGGCAUUCAAUUUUUUUUGUUUAGUUUGUUAAUUAAAAUACUAUAUAGAUGUACUGAAGCAUGGGAAAAUGAUAAAUGCAUGUUGAACAGCAAGGCUGGAUAAUGUGUCAUAAAAUAUCCAGGAAUACAUUCAACCAGAGUAGGCAAGGCUAAUCCCUCAGACCGGUACAGUUCAAAAGGCUAGCUGUUUAACACAGGGCUUGAAAAUUCACAAUUAUUGCAGAAACUGCAUUGUGCUGAUGUUUGUUUGGAGCCUUGACACACACAAUUGGAGCAUGAAUUUGCUGCCUGUAUUAUAAACCAACGCUCUCUUGUGUACCAGGAAAGCAACCCAGGCAAUCUCAGCCAUUAUAGUUUUUCCCAUUUUGUUAUUCACUUGGCCUGGCUCCAGUCUUGCAGUUAUUGCUCAGGGAUCAUCUGCAGAGUCUUCAGUUUUCUUUGAUUCUUUUCCCAUAACCUACAGGAGAGGUUUGAAACAAAAUCACAAGUUCCAGGAUGUAAGUAUGGAUUGGUGUCACAGUUCCUUACAAGUUAUAUUCCUCUUGGGAUUCCCUGUCCAGGUAGUUUAAUUUGGAUUUGUUCCCCUUGUUCACUUCCUUGCUCCUUGAAAAGUUUGACUCUCUUGUCCAAGGUUUCAUGCGAUGUGGCAAUUAAUCAUCCCUGACCCAUCCUUAUUCCUUCCUCAUCGGAGAGUACACACCCUCUUUUUUCCCCCUCCUUACCCCACAUAACCAGGUUUUGUGUGUGGGAGGAACACAUUUCCUGUCCAAUCCCAGCAGAUGCCAAGACGGAUUAGAACAGCAAUUUGAGAAUGAGAACACUUGGAGCUAAACUGGUUCCUGGAACCCUCCUGAACAGUGUGGUUAUGUAUUUGUUGGCUCAGUGAGUCACUGUGGGAGAGAUGAAUCUCUGCUUUUCCAGUAGAGGAUUUUGAACAAGUAAAAAAUUUUAUAUUGCAGGUAUGUUUCCUCAAACUAUGUGAAAUGUUAUUUCUUUCAGAACAAUAACUACACUUAUUUAUCAAGCACUCUGGAAUAUUUCAGAAUUUGCACUAUGAUUUCUUACAGCCCUUAGUGUUAUGUUAACAACAGCCAACAGCACUUUAAAUCUACUGCCUACUACGGGUGAGAAAGCAGUAACCGCAGAUAUGGCCAAUAAUGCCCCCUGGAGCCAGAAGAUAUAAAAACACAUGCAAUUGAAUUUUGAAAGAAAGUGUGCUCUUUCACCCAACAUCUAUUUGACUAUCGCCCCUUUCCUCAGCAUUUGUAUGCAAAAACUUAUAAUAAAGUAAAAUUUACUAAGGCUUUUGAUAGAGUAAAUGUGGAGAACCUUUGUGCUGAGAGGGGAGUUUGUAACCGAGGGAUACAGACUAAGGCACUCGGAGAAAGAACCAGAGGCUGGUGGAGCUGGGAGCAGGUGGGUUUGUGGAAGGAAGGGGAGUGCAUUUUGUAAAUAUAGUGAGUUAUUCUGUGUGGAAGUGCUGCUUGUAUGGGGUGUGGCUUGAUUUGAGGUUUUCCUAUUUACAAAUGCUGUAUUAACUCUUGCAUGACUGGAGAUCCUUCCCACCCAUUGCUGUGAAGCACUUUGGAGCAUUUUAAGAUUGGCACUAAGGUUCCUUGCAAGCCUGUGAGUGUUUAAAUAUGUAAUUCCAGUGUCCCUGAGGAGGGCUGCCAUUUUGUGUACAGUAACCUCUCACAACCAACAAUAUGAUAAUGGCCAAAUCAUUUAUUUUUGAAUGAUUCCAGUUAAAGGAUGAAUAUUGGCCAGGAUAUUGGGGAGGGCUCCAAGGUGAGAGGUGAUUUUUUUUUCAACUGCAAAGUGGAGCUGGAGCAAUAACUGGGUGGAGCUCUCAGUUUAUAAUGAAGAACAUAGGGUGUCACUGAAGACCAAAAGUUUUUCUCAGGAGGUUGCUGGAUAUCAGCAGUUGUUUCUCUACCAACCAAAUAGUUUGUUAAAUUUAAUUAUUGUUGCUGCAGUCAUCAUAAAGAACAUUACAUUUACUGCCCUCUUAGGCUUUUCUGCCCAGUAUUUGGCAAGUGUAGAUGCUCCUUAACAAACCUCUUUAUAAUAUCAUCCAACUUGAUUAAAAUAUUCUGUGAUGCUUCGUUUAAAACCAAGGAGUAGUAAAAUUGAGGGAUGAAGUAGAUCUUAAGUCAGUUUAUUUAAGAUUUAUUUAAGUCUCACCUUCAGGAGACUAUGACCCAUCCCUCGAGUUUACUAGUCCACUCACCCAACGAGCAUCCUAUCCAAGGACUGAUCCUGGCACCAGGGUAUUUCUCCCAUUUGCCAGGGCUGAUUAAACUUAUUCUUGUUUAAAAAGCCAAUUAUCGAUGGCAUUAGGGGUGGGGAACCUCUUGCACCUCACCCAAGUUGUACAUGACUAGGUCAAUGAGCAUCACUAGCUCUUCAUUAUCCAUCCCCUUAGUUUUCUAGGGAAGGUGAUGCUGGGCUGCCAUCUUAAACUGCUGCAUAUGGUUGCACAAUGGUUAAGUUACUGGACUAGUAUGUAGAGGCCUGCCAAAUAUUCUGGAUAUGGGGACUUUAAAUCUCCUCUUGGCUGCUAUGAAGUUUGCAUUCAGGUAUUUAAAAAAUUUCAGAGCUGAAAAACUAACGUAGUGGUGACCAUGAAUCUACUAGAUUGUUGUAAAAUCCUCCAUGUUCUUCAAUGUCCUUGGGAAGAAAAUCUGGUAUUUUAUCUAGUGUGGCCUUUCUGUGACUCCAGACCCGCCAGUGUGGUAGAUUAUUGACUGUCUUAUGAAAUGGCCAAGCAAGGCAUUGUUUAAGGGCAGUUAGGGAUGGGCAAUAAAUGCAGACCUAGUCAAUAAAACCAACAUUCCCACAAAUUAAUUACUGAAGAAAAACUUAGUGUUCCUACAAUUCUGGAGAUAGUCUUGCGAUUUUAACU